AUGGUAUCAGAGCAGUUCGUUCCUGUUGAGCCUGAGGGACAGACUAACUAUGCUUCUGUGCAUUCUCUGAACCAGAUGGCGCCUUGUGGACACGGUCGAGGCCGUGGGAGGGGAUAUACCAGUACUCAUGGGCCAAAAACUAACCCGAAUGACCCCGUUAACUUCAUGACCGUAUUGCAGAACAUGGCUGCUGCUAUGCAGGUCACUACUGAGGCACUUGAACAGCAGAUGAACAACCAUAAUCAUGAGGGAAAUAAUGGGAAUGAGACUCAAGGUCCGAUGAUGCUGGCGACCUUUCUGAAGGUCAAUCCCCUAAAGUUCAAACCAAUCCAACUAAGGCCAACACUUGGUUUCAAGCAAUGGAACAAGCACUGUAAGCGCAGUUGGUGCCCGAAGAGCAGUGCGUCGAGUUUGCCACUUAUCUGCUCACCGGGGAAUCGUCGUAUUGGUGGUAGGGCACCUGACGUCUCAUACAAGAAGUACUUUCCGAACUCUGCUCGGACGAUAAAGGAACUUGAGCUACUACAGUUGAAGCAGGAUGCUAUGUCUAUAUCUGAGUACAUAGACAAGUUUGAGGAGCUGUUCAGAUUCUCCCACAUGUGUCAAGGAGCUCCAGGAGACUUCGAGGAGUGGAAGUGCAUCAAGUAUGAGGGAGGACUUCGGAGUGACAUUCUGAGCUCCGUUGAACCGAUGGAGAUUAGGUCUUUUCCGAACAUGUGA